CUCUCUUUCUUCUCCUAAAAUCUGAUUCACAUCUUCAACUCUGUGUUACAAAGAAACCUACUCUUCAAACCACCACUCUCAUCCUCUGCAGAAACUGAUUUUCUUAUAUAAGCUCAGUGCAACACAAUCUGCUUUGAGAACGCUAGUCCUAAAGCUAUCAACUCCAUCUCAGUCUCAUCCUCUGCAGAAACUCAUUUUCUUAGAUCAGCCCAGAGCAACGCAAUAUAUAACCCUAUAAAAGACUCCAACGCAUUAAGCGAGAACUGUCAAAUUCAUACAAGGUAAAAAAGGACUAAUCGUAAGAAAACAAUUAAGACGGAAGCGUCCAUUAUCAAGGCAUCAUGGAUACAAUUGUCUCUACAACUACUGAAAGUGCACUUAAUAUUACAGCAAGUAUGGUCAAACGACAAGUGGGUUACUAUUUUAAUUACAAAGACAAAUUUAAAGAGUUGGAAUCUUACAUUGAGAAGUUGGAACAUAAUAAGGAGAGACUACAACAUCAAGUUGAUAGUGCACUAAGGAGUGGAGAAGAAAUUGAAAAUGACGUUCAACAUUGCUUAACGCUCAUUGAUGAGAAGAUAAAAGAAUAUAAAAGUUGUAUUAAUGAUGAAUGUCAUGCAAAGACAAUUUGCUCAAUUGGUUUCUUUCCAAAUAAUUUCCGACUGAGGUAUCAACUGGGUAGAAAGGCUACAAAGAUGGUUGAGGAAAUCAUAGGAGACGAGCUUUGGAAAACUUCUUUUGACAAUGUUUCGUACCAAGAACUUCCAUCCAUUGAUGCUACUUUUUCAAACAAUGGUUAUGAAAGUUUUGCAUCAAGAAAUAAAACUAUGGAGAUGAUCAUGAAAGCACUGCAAGACUCUACAGUUGGUAUGAUUGGAGUUUAUGGGCCUGGUGGUGUGGGUAAGACUACUUUACUCAAAGAAAUUGCUAACAAAGCACGAGAAAAGAAGUUGUUCAAGAUAGUGAUCAUAGCGAAUAUUACAGGAAAUCCUGACUUCAAAAAAAUUCAAGAGCAAAUUGCUGGUAUGCUAGGAAUGAAAUUAGAAGAGGAAAGUGAGAUUGCAAGAGUAGAUCGUAUUCGAAAGAGGUUAAAGAAUGAAAAGGAGAACACCCUUAUUAUCCUUGAUGAUCUUUGGGGUGGAUUGGACUUUAAUAAACUUGGGAUUCCAUGUAAUGAUGAUGCAAGCCAACAAGAAGUCAAUGAUAUGUCUGAUUUUGGUUCCAACAAUGACAUAUCUGAUUUUGGUUCCAACAAUGACAUAUCUGAUUAUGGAUAUAAUAAGACAGAAAUGAAAGAGUUGUCAAAAGUUGAUUUGGAUAAGAUGAAAAAGGAAAAGUUGUCUAAGGAUUAUAGAGGAGGGAAAAUUCUUCUAACAUCUAGAAAUAAACAAGUAUUAUGUAAUGAAAUGGAUGUGCAAGAAAGCUCAAUUUUUUCGGUAGGAGUCCUUGAUGAAAAGGAAUCAGAGACUUUGCUUAAGAAAGUUGCUGGUGUGAAAAAUUCUGAGUUUGAUAAGAAUGCUACUGAAAUUGCCAAAUGGAGUGCUGGGUUUCCAAUAGCCUUAGUUUCCAUAGGAAGGACACUAAAGAAUAAAAGCUUAUCCACAUGGGAAGAUGUUUGUCAACAAAUUAAAAGACAAAAUUUUACAUCAGAAUGGGGAUUUACGGACUUCUCGAUAAAGUUGAGCUAUGAUCAUCUAAAAAAUGAGGAGCUUAAGUGUAUUUUCUUACACUGUGCAAGAAUGGGAAAUGAUGCUUUGAUUAUGGACUUGGUGAAAUUUUGUGUUGGCUUGAAUUUGCUUCCAGGAGUGCACACAAUUACAGAUGCUAGGAAAAGAGUAAAGGAGAUGAUACAAGAGCUAGAAGAGUCGAGUUUGUUGGUGAAAAGUUAUUCUAUUGACCGCUUCAACAUGCAUGACAUUGUGCGAGAUGUUGCUCUUUCAAUAUCAUCCAAGGAAAAACAUGUGCUUUAUAUGAAAAAUGCAAUACUUGAUGAGUGGCCUCACGAAAAUGACUUUGAAAGGUACCCUGCCAUUUUUAUACACUUCUGUGACAUCAAUGAUGAGCUUCCUGAGAGUAUACAUUGUCCUCGACUUGAAGUCUUACAUAUUGACAAUAAAAAUGAAUCUUUUGAAAUACCAGAUGAAUUUUUUAAAUCUAUGGUUCGACUCAGAGUGUUGAUACUGACUGGUAUUAAUUUAUCUUGCUUACCUUCAUCAAUUAAAUGCCUAAAAAAGUUGAGAAUGCUUUGUUUGGAGCAAUGCACUUUAGGAGAGAACCUAUCAAUCAUUGGUGAGUUGAAGAAUUUAAGAAUCCUUACUUUUUCAGGAUCUAAUAUAGAAAAUUUGCCUCUUGAAUUUGGGCAAUUGGAUAAGCUUCAAUUUCUUGACAUAAGCAAUUGCCUAAAACUAAGACAAAUAACUUCCAAUAUCAUACCGAGGAUGGCCAUUUUAGAGGAGUUUUAUAUCAGAGACAACUUGAUUAUAUGGGAGGCUGAAGAGAAUAUGAAAAGUGAAAGUGCUAGUCUCUCUGAGUUGAGGCACUUGAAUCAGUUACAAAAUCUAGACAUACACAUCCAUAGUUCUUCACAUUUUCCGCAGAAUUUGUUUUUUGACAGGUUGAAUAGUUACAAGAUUGUCAUUGGUGAAUUCAACUUGUUCAACUUGCUUAAAGUGGGAGAAUUCAAAGUCCCUGACAAGUAUGAGGAGGUGAAAUUUUUGGCAUUAAACCUAAAAGAAGGUAUUGAUAUUCAUUCUGAAAAAUGGAUUAAAAUGUUGUUCAAAAGUGUUCAAUGUUUGUUGUUGGGAGAACUCAAUGAUGUUGAAGAUAUUUUUUAUGAAUUAAACGUUGAAGGAUUUCCAAAUUUGAAACAUUUAUCCAUUGUAAACAAUUUUGGCAUUAAGUAUAUUAUCAAUCCAAGGGAGCGGUUUCACUCUUUAGUCGCUUUUCCAAAAUUAGAGUCCAUGUGGCUUUACAAAUUGGAUAAUUUGGAAAUAAUAUGUGCCAAUCAGCUUGUACGGACCUCUUUCCGCAAUUUAAAGGUCAUCAAGAUUCAAACAUGCAUUAAAUUGGUAAACCUUUUCCUAUUUUCUAUGGUUAGACUACUCACUGUGCUUGAAACAAUUGAAGUGUGCGAUUGUGAUUCUUUGAAGGAAAUAGUUUCAAAAGAAAUUCAAACUCAUACUAUCAGCGACGAUAAGAUUGAGUUUCCCCAGUUACGACUUUUAACAUUGAAGUAUCUACCAACAUUUAUUCAUUUAUAUAAUGUUGACAAGAUUCCUGUUGGUGCACACUCGUUGCAAGACCAAGUAUUCCAACAAAGAAACAAAGAUAUUGUUGUUGAGGUAGAGCACAGGAACACCAAUUCUUGUCUUCCACUCUUCAAUGAAAAGGUCUCAACUCCCAAAUUAGAAUGGUUGGAGUUAUCCUCCAUCAACAUUCAUAAGAUAUGGAGUGACCAAUGUAACCAUUAUUUUCAAAAUUUGCUUACAUUGAAUGUGACAGAUUGUGGUAAUUUAAAGUAUUUAUUGUCAUUCUCCGUGGCUAGAAGUUUGGUGAAUCUUCGAAGCCUUUCUGUAAAGGACUGUGAAAUGAUGGAGGAUAUAUUUCGUCCAGAUGAUGAAGAGUAUGUUGACAUUUUUCCUAAGUUGAAGAAAAUGGAGAUCAUCUACAUGAAAAAGCUCAAUACCAUUUGGAAAUCCCAUAUUGGUUUACAUUCCUUUUGUAGUUUAGACUCCUUGAUAAUAAGAGAGUGCCACAAACUUCUUCUGAUAAUCCCUGGUUAUAUGAUGAAAAUAUUUCAGAGCCUUCAAAGCUUGACAAUCAAAAAUUGCAAGUUAGUGGAAAACAUAUUUGAUUUUGCAAAUAUUCCACAAACUUCCGAUACAAUUGAAACAAACUUGGAUAAUAUACUUCUAGAAAAGCUGCCAAAAUUGGUGAACGUUUGGAAGGAUGGCAUCAAUGCAGUACUUAAAUAUAAUAAUUUGCAACGCAUAAAAAUUGCUGAUAAUCCAAAUUUAAAAUACCUCUUUCCACUUUUUGUUGCCAAUAACCUAGAAAAACUAGAAGUCCUUGAGGUGCGGAAGUGCUGGAUAAUGAAAGAGAUUGUUUUUUCUGACAAACAUUCAAGUGAAAGUGAUAUCAACUUUAAGUUCCCUCAUCUACACACUCUAUCAUUUAUAGACUUAUAUGAUUUGAGAAGUUUCUACUCAGGAAUUCACACUCUAGAGUGGCCAUCAUUGAAGAAAUUGGAUAUAGCUGAUUGUAGCAUGCUCGAAGGCUUCACUUUAGAAAUCAUAAAUUCACAAGAUCAACCGAUUACUUUAGCAACAAGAAAGGUGAUAUACAACUUGGAGUAUAUGUCAAUGAGCUUAAAAGAAGCAGAGUGGUUGCAAAAAUACAUUGUUAAUGUUCACAGAAUGCACAAACUAGAAGAACUUACUUUGUAUGGGUUGAAGAAUAAUGAAAUUUUCUUUUGGUUUCUUCAUAGACUUCCCAAUUUGAAAAGGUUAACAUUGGAACUUUGUCACUUGAAAAAGAUUUGGGCUCUUAAAAGUCUUAUUUCACCUGAAAAAAUUGGUGGUGUUGUGCAACUUAGAGAGCUUAAACUAGAAAGCAUGUGGUCUUUAGAGGAGAUUGGCUUUGAGCAUGAGGUGCUUCUUCAAAGGGUGGAACGCUUAAGCAUUCAACGUUGUACAAAAUUGAAAAAUUUAGUGUCAUCUUCGGUAACAUUUAGUUACUUAUCAUAUUUAGAAGUGAUGAACUGUAAAUCAAUGAGGAGUUUAAUGACAUGCUCAGCUGCUAAAACCUUGGUUCAACUCACAACGUUGAAGGUAUGCUCCUGCCCAAUGAUUGUGGAAAUCGUUGCAGAAAAUAAAGAGGAAAAAGUACAAGAGAUUGAAUUUAAACAAUUAAAAUCAUUACAAUUGGUGUCUCUACAAAAUCUCUCAAGUUUCUCAACUAUCAAGAAAUGUGAGUUAAAAUUCCCAUUAUUGGAAAAAUUAGUAGUGAGUGAAUGUCCUCGAAUGACAAAAUUCUCCGAAGAUCAAAAUGUUCCAAACCUACAAAAGGUACAUGUUGUAGCUGGAGAAAAAGACAAAUGGUAUUGGGAAGGAGAUUUGAAUGCCACUCUACAAAAACAUUUCUCUGACCAGGUCUCUUUUGAAUAUUCAAAGCAUGCAAGACUUGUUGAUUAUCCUGAGAGGAAAGAUGUUCGACUCGGAAAAUCUGCUUUUCCCGACAAUUUUUUUGGUUGUAUAAAGAAGUUGGAAUUUGGUGAAGCAUGUACAAGAAAUAUUUUGAUUCCCUCUCAUGUACUACCUUACUUGAAGAAUUUAGAAGAAUUGAAUGUAGAGAACUGUAAACCAACACAAGUAAUAUUUGACAUAGAUGAGAGUGAGCUCAAGAUGAAGGGAAUGAUCUUUCGUUUGAAAAACCUUAAUCUAAACAAAUUGUCAAAUUUAAAAUGUGUAUGGAAGGUAAACUCUGGAGGAAUUGUCAGUUUUCCCAAUUUGCAUAGAGUUGAUAUUAAUGGUUGUGGAAGUUUGGUAACAUUAUUCCCUGUAUCCCUUGCUAGAAAUAUUAAGAAGCUGGAGGUACUUGAAAUAACUGAGUGUGAGAAAUUGGUAGAAAUAGUUGGGAAGGAAGAUGGAAUGGAACAUGGAACGACAAUGAUCUUUGAAUUCCCUUGUUUGUCGUGGCUACUUGUUGAUAAUGUGCCACUACUGAGUUGCUUUUACCCUGGAAAGCAUUAUCUGAAAUGUCCGUUGUUAUAUAGCUUAUUUGUGGCCUCUUGCCCUAAACUAAAGCUAUUCACAUCAGAAUUUGAUGAUAAUCAGAAAGCAACAGUUAUAGAGGCUCCAAUUAGGCAGCUACAACCUUUGUUUUCGCUUGAAAUAUUGGCUUCUCCCAAACUGACGAGAUUGUCACUCAAUGAGGAAAAUGUUAUGCUGUUGAGAGAUGCACAAUUGCCAAAAGACCUCUUUUGCAAUCUAAAUGUUCUUCGAUUGUUCUUUGAGGAUGAUAACAAUGAGAAAGAUAGUUUGCCUUUUGAUUUCUUUCACAGGCUACCUAGUUUAACAUAUCUCAUGGUAGAAAAAUUCUUUGGCCUGAGGGAGAUAUUUCCCUAUCAAAAGCUUCAAGUUCACGAGAAUGUACUUGGAGGAUUGAAACAAUUAUUCUUGUUGAGACUAAAAGAGUUAGAGUCGAUAGGUUUAGAGCACACGUGGGUACAACCAUACUCUGAAAAGCUUGAAUCAUUAAAGAUUCACUUCUGCCCUCAAUUACAAAAAAUAGUUUCUUGUGCAGUGUCUUUCAUUAAUCUUAAAGAGUUGAGAGUGACAUUCUGUGACCAAAUGGAGUAUUUAUUCACACUUGCAACAGUCAAAAGUUUAGUUAAACUUGAGUCCUUAAUUGUAAAGUACUGUGAAUCAAUCAAAGAAAUUGCAAAAAGUGAAGAUGGAGAUGAUUGUGAUAAAAUAUUGAUAUUUGGACGACUUAGAUCAAUUGAGCUGUAUUCCUUACCAAAGCUACUAAGAUUUUAUUCUGGGAAUGCCACUUUGCGAUGCUUGUGUUUGAAAGCUGUGAUGGUAGCUAAAUGUCCCAAUAUGAUAAAUUUCUCUCUUGGAACAAUAAAUAUGCCAUUGUUUUCGGGGAUUAAUGUAUCAUCGAAAGAUUCUGAUUUAACCUUUGACGACGAUCUCAAUACAACGAUCGAGAGAUUCUUUCACGAACAGGAAUUUUUCAACCAUUCAAAGCACAUGAUUCUUGAUGAAUAUCUUGAGAUGACGGGAGUUCAGCACAUAAAACCCGCUAUUUCAGACAAUUUCUUUGGUAGUUUCAAGAAAUUGGAAUUCGAUGGUGCAUGCAAAAGAACUAUCGUAAUUCCAUUUCAUGUACUCCCUUACUUGAAGAACCUAAAAAAGUUGCAUGUGCACAGUUCUGAUGCAGUCAAGGUAAUAUUUGACUUUGAUGAGAGUGAGGACAAGACAAAGGGAAUAGUCUCUAGUUUGAAAACACUUACUUUAAACAACUUGUCAAAUUUGAAAUGUGUAUGGAAGGAAAAUCUCGAAGGAAUUGUUAGCUUUCCCAAUUUAGAAGAAGUGAUUGUCACUGGUUGUAGAAGCUUGGUAACACUUUUGUCUUCAUCCCUGGCCAAAAGUCUUGAAAAGCUUACGACACUUCAAAUGGAGAGGUGUGAAAAAUUGGAAGAAAUAGUUAGAAAGGAAGAUGAAAGGGAACAUGGAAUGACAUUAACGUUUGAAUUUCCUUGUUUGACGACGUUAUAUCUUGAAAAAAAUGCACUCUUGAGUUGCUUUUAUCCUGGAAAACAUUAUCUGGAAUGCCCCAUAUUAGAUGCAUUAUAUGUGGUCUAUUGUCCUAAGUUAAAGCUAUUCUCAUCAGAUACUGGUGACAGUCAUAAAGAAGUUAUAGAGGCUCCAAUUAGCCCGCCACAACAACCUUUGUUCUUGGUUGAAAAGGUUUCUGCCGAACUGAAGGACUUGGCAUUCAGUGAGGAAAACAUUAUGUUAUUUAGAGAAGCAAAAUUGCCAAAAAACCUUCUUUGCAACCUAAGUCGACUUUGCUUGUGCUUUGAGGAUGAUUACAAUGAGAAAGAUAGUUUGCCUUUUGACUUCUUUCACAUGCUACCCAAUUUAGAACAUCUUAUGGUAGAAAAAUGCUUUGGUCUGAAGGAGAUAUUUCCCUCUCAAAAGCUCCAAGUUCACGACAAAGUACUUACUGGAUUGAAAGAAUUAAUUUUGUUCGAACUAAGUGAGUUAGAGUCCAUAGGUUUUGAGCACGAGUGGGUGCAACCAUACUCUAGAAAGCUUGAACUACUAAAGGUUGAUACUUGCUCUGAAAUAGAAAACAUAGUUUCUUGUCCAGUGUCAUUCAUUAAUCUUAAAGAGCUGCAUGUGACGUUUUGUGAGGAGAUGGAUUAUUUAUUCACAUUUGGUACACUCAAAAGUUUGAUGAAACUUGAGACCUUAAUCAUAGAUAAUUGUGGAUCAAUCAAAGAAAUUGCAAGAAAUGAAGAGGAAGAUGGUUGUGAUGAGAUAAUAUUUGGACGACUCAGAUCAAUUAAGCUGGAAUACUUACCGAAGCUAAUAAGCUUUUAUUCAGGAAAUGCCACCUUGCAAUGUCCAUCUUUACAAACUGUGAUGGUAACUGAAUGUCCCAACAUGAUAACUUUCUCUAAAGGAGUCAUAAAACUAGCAAUGUUUUCGGGGAUUCAAACAUCCGAAGAUUCUGAUUUCACUUUCCACGUAGAUCUCAACACAUCUGUAGAAAGCUUAUUGCAUGAAAAGGAUAUUUUCAACUACUCAAAGCUUAUGAUUCUUGAUUAUUAUCUUGGGAUGUAUGGAGUUCACCACAGAAAACCUAUUGUUUCACACAAUUUUUUUGGUAGUUUCAAGAAAUUGGAAUUUGAUGCAGCAUGCAAGAGAACUAUUUUAAUUCCAUCUCAUGUACUUCCUUACUUGAAGAACUUAGAAGAAUUGAAUGUGCAUAACUCCGAUGUAGUGCAAGUAAUAUUUGGCAGUGAUGAGAUUGAGGUUGAGACAAAGGAAAUAAUCUUUGGUUUGGAAAAGCUUACUUUAAAACACUUGUCAAAUUUAAAAUGUGUAUGGAAGGAAAAUCUAGAAGGAAUUGUCAGCUUUUCCAAUUUGCAAGAAGUGGAGGUGGAUGAUUGUGGAAGCCUAGUAACAUUGUUCCCUUUAUCACUUGCCAAAAAUCUUGGCAAGUUGGAGACACUUGAUAUACGGAAGUGUGAGAAAAUGGUAGAAAUAGUUGGAAGGGAAGAUGAAAUGGAACACGGAACAACAAUAAUGUUUGAAUUCCCUUGUUUCACAUAUCUAGUUCUUGAAAAGAUGCCACUGUUGAGUUGCUUUUACCCUGGAAAGCAUCAUCUAGAAUGUCCCUUGUUAGACAAGUUAUAUGUGGCAUGUUGUCCUAAGCUGAAGCUAUUCAAAUCAAGUUUUGAUGAUGAUAGUAAAAAAGGAGUUUUAGAGGCUCCAAUAAGUUUGCUACAACAACUUUUGUUCUCGAUUCAAAAGGUUUCUCCCAAACCGGUGGGAUUGACACUCAAUGAGGAAAACAUUAAGCUUAUGAGUGAUGCACGUUUGUCAGAAGACCUUCUUUGUAAAUUAAAAUAUCUCAUACUAUCCUUUGAGGAUGAUAACAAUGGGAAAGAUAGUUUGCCUUUUGAUUUCUUUCACAAGCUACCCAAUUUAGAAUCUCUUAGAGUACAAAAAUUCUCUGGUCUGAAGGAGAUAUUUCCCUCUCAAAAGCUUCAAGUUCACAACAAAGUACUUGCUAGAUUGAAACGAUUAUAUUUGUCGGAAUUAAGUGAGUUAGAGUCUAUAGGUUUAGAGCACCCGUGGGUACAACCAUUCAUCAAUCUUACAGGGUUAUCUGUGAAGUUCUGUGAAAAAAUGGAAUAUUUAUUCACAUUUGUAACACUCAAAAGUUUGGUGAAACUUAAGACUCUAAUUAUAAAGAAGUGUGAAUCAAUCAAAGAAAUUGUAAAAAAUGAUGAUGAAGAUGGUUGUGAUGAGAUAGUAUUUGGACGGCUCAGAUCAAUUAAGCUGAAUUCGUUACCAAAGCUAGUAAGCUUUUAUUCGGGGAACGCCACUUUGCAAUGCUCAUAUUUGAAAAACGUGACGGUAGCUGAAUGUCCCAAUAUGAAAACUUUCUCUCAAGGAGUCAUUAAAGUGUCAAUGUUUUUGGAGAUUCAGACAUCAAAAGAUUCUGAUUCAAUAUUUGACGGCGAUCUUAACACAACGAUCCAAAAGUUGUUUCACAAUCAGGUAAUCCAUCAGUCGUAACGAACUUUUGGAGUUCUUCUUCCUAUACCAUUUGGUUAGCUGUGAUUUCCGCAUUGCAUUCUCAUAGGCGGAGGGAACAAUGAUGAUACAAGUAUCAUGAACAAAAGUUUAUUCUUAGUCUCUUUUUUGUUGUUUGAAAUGCUUGAAAUACAAAUAUACAUGGCCAUCU